AAAUUCGCGGGACCAGACUUUGAGACUAAACAUUGCUCAGCAGUCCCAUCUCCCGAAAAGUCGCAUUGCUUUUGGGGACCCCCUUCAGGAUCAGCCACGAUGGCCCCCUCGGCGGAAAACCACAGUCGGUCGCAUAGCCUCUUGCUGUUCCAGAAGCUGCUCAAUCUGAGGGACGGCGCGAGCCCUUUGACCUUGGUGCUGGACAGUCUUGAGCAGAGCGCAGCGCCAGUUCUACGGGAGUUCGUCUCUAGAGCCAAGGUUGCAAAGGCCAAGGUGAUUCUGCUCUCCUUCGCGACGCUCAAGCGCCCGCGGAAUGUGGACGUCGUCGUCAGAGCUCGCGGGAAGAACCUUAAGGCUCUGAGAGCAGAGAUACUGUCACAUUAUCCAAAGAUGGAUCCCACGGCAGCCAAGGGUGCACCUUCAUCUCAAAAAACAGUGGUGCUGCUCGACUCUCUCAACGAGCUCGCCACAGCGGCGCCGCAGAUUCUGCCUAGCUUCCUCUCCAGCAUCAUCAUGCCGACGGUGUCCUUAGUAGCGGUGUACCACACCGACGUACCCCUCGUCCUCCCGCGUACGGUGAGCGAGUACGAGCCUCACCCGCUGACCGUCCUCUCUCAUCUGGCGACCUCCAUCCUCAGGCUGUCUGGCUUGCGGCAGGAGAUUGAGCGCCAGAAAGCGAGGAAUAGGAGUCUGCAGGAACCCGAGUGGGGUCUGGGAGAGGGACGGGAGGGCGUCCUUGUCGGCCUCAAGGGCGAUGUCAAAUCGGAGGAUUACCACGGUGUUGUAGUCGAGAUGGAGGUCAGGAGGCGGAGCGGACGGGCCAUGGCCGAGAAGUUUGUCAUUCUACCUCUUCUGAAUGGACAGGCUUCUUCCACUGCUUCUAUUGCUGUUGCCAAGGGGUCGAGGAUUUUCCUUCUUUCGGAGCACCCCGUGUUCGCUGCCCCGGAGGGUUCGGGCGAGGCAGAUGCAGGGCACGAAGAGGAUGAAGAGCCGGAAAGCACCUUCAAUCUGGGUCUCACGGAGAAGCAGCGGCGGGACAGAGAAGGCAUUGUUCUGCCUUAUUUUGACGCCCAAACGGAUAUAGGGGCUGGUGAGGGUGGCAGGAUCCUUUAUGAGAUGGGUAGAGAGGAUGACUUCGAUGACGAGGAGGAUGAGAUAUAG